AACCGGAUCCGGAGGUGGGCCCGGGGCUCCGCCAAUGGAGGAAGCGAAGCGGCUGCACGCGCGCCUGCUCCGCCGCGGCGAGCACCGCCUGCAGCCGCUGCUCCUCCGCGUGCUCGCCGCCGGCGACCUCCGCUACGCCGCGCUCCUGCUCGAGUCCUUCUCUUCGUCCUCGUCCUCGUCUCCUCCCUCCGCGCCGCUCCACAACCGCCUCCUCCACGCGCUCGCCUACGCCCGCCACCCGCUGCUGCUCCCCUUCUUCUCCCGCGCCCACCGCCUCCGCCUCCUCACCUCGCUCUCCUUCACCCUGCUCUUCUCCUCCUCCGCCGCCGCCGCAUCCUCAUCGUCCACGCGUUUCGCGGUGUGCGCCCACGCCUUGCUGAUCAAGUCCGGGCACUUCGCGUCCGCCGGCGACCCGUUCCUCGCCUCCGCGCUCGUCUCCUUCUACGCCAAGAACCGCCUCCUGGCUGAAGCCAGGCUGGUGUUCGACGAGUUGCCCUGCAGGGACGCAGCCGUGUACAAUGCGCUGCUCUCGGCGUACACAAGGGGCGGGCUCAUCGACACCGUGGAGAAGCUGUUCGAGGAAAUGCCUGAGAAGAAUGUGGUUUCUUGGACCGCGAUGGUGUCCGGUUACGCGCAGAACGGGAAGCACGAGCAGGCGGUAGAGACAUUCUUGGAGAUGUGGGAGAAGGAAGGUGUGCGACCCAAUGAGCUCACAGUGAGCAGCGUACUGCCUGCAUGCGCGGAUGUUGGGGCGAUGGAGCUGGGAAGGAAGGUGGAGAAGUACGCAAGGGGCGAGGGCCUACUGAAGAACAUAUAUGUGGCGAAUGCAUUGGUCGAGAUGUAUGCCAAGUGUGGGAGCAUUCGACAAGCUUGGAAGGUGUUUCAGGGCAUCGGACAGCGAAGGGAUCUUUGUUCUUGGAACUCAAUGAUCAUGGCAUUUGCUGUGCAUGGCCUGUGGAGGGAGGCGCUGGUCUUGUUUCAUAAGUUGAGGAUGGCAGGGGUUAAACCAGAUGGCAUUACAUUGCUUGGAGUUAUUUUGGCCUGUACUCAUGGAGGCUUGGUGGAUGAAGGCAAGCUGCUCUUCAACUCAAUUAGAGAAGAGUUCGGUCUUAAGCCAAGAAUUGAGCACUAUGGUUGCAUGGUUGAUCUGCUGGGGCGUGCCGGACUCUUAAAAGAAGCGGAGAAUCUGAUAUCGAGCAUGCCAGUGGAGCCUGAUGCCAUAAUCUGGGGAGCCUUGCUUGGGGCUUGCAGCUUCCAUGGCAACAUUGAACUAGCAGAAAUAGCUGUGGAAAAACUAAUGCAUCUGGAGCCGCAAAACACAGCAAACCUACUGAUCCUUUCAAAUAUAUAUGCAUCUUGUGGAAAAUGGGACGGUGUUGCCCAGGUCUGGAAGUUACUUAGGGAAAAAGAUCAUAAGAAAUCAGCUGGGUACAGUUUCAUUGAGUUAGAUGGCAGGAUGCAUAAGUUCUUGGUUGAGGAUAAGUCGCAUCCAAGAUAUGAGGAGGUAUAUGAAACCCUGGAUAGCAUCACACUUACCAUGAAGCUUGUCGGCUUGGAAAAUUCAGAAGAAGAGGAAGGCUAAUUUGUUCAUCACCACCUUCCUUAUCUUUUUCUUGAGCCACCUAGAUAUGGGAAGAAAGUGAGAUAAAGUCACUCGAGAUUGAUUGCAGGCUUGUUGCUCUGAUCGUCUGUAUCAAAUUGAACUGCAAAGGGAUACAUCAAGGUGGCAACAGAAGAUGUGACAUAUCAAGUGAAUGCCGCACCUGAAUAUAAACAGAUUCUCUUCUACUACCAAAUGGCUGUUUCACUUGUGCUUACUAUUCGGAUGUGCUGUGCAAGAGUACCAGGCAGGAAAAACAUGUAAUUUCAUGACAUCCCCCCAAGCAGCUCACCAUGGAAGAUGCUAUAGGAAACUCUCAAACUAUGGUCUAUGCAUGCGAUGAUGAGAUUGCUUGGAAGUAUGAUGCAGGAAUUAUCGAUGUCAUCUUUGUGCCAAUCAUGUUCGCAUGGUUCCCCUGUGUAGCACUUUUCAGCCGUGGUAUGGAGAUCACCCUCGUAUAUGCUGGACCUGAGGCAAACAUGAAACUGUCAAAUGGCAGAAAUAAGAAGCCACAUCCAUCCUCUACUUUCUUAAAAAUAGGAAUAUGCGCUCCACCUUUACAGUAUAUAUUUUGCCAUGCUUCCUUGAAUUUAGUGUGUUCGUUGGUUCCUUUCUUAUAGCUGCAACUGGUAUGUUGAGCAAAUUAACUGCUUUUUGUGUGCUAUGUAUCAAUGUGGAUUCUGGAAACAUGAAAACGACUGCUGCUGCUUAAGGUGUGAACACACCAGCACAAACAAAGAGAAAAUUUGAUCAGAUAGGACACUCCAGAAGGACACAAUGGGCACUGGUCAAUGUUCGGAUUGCCAUGUAAUUUGGAAAAACCAUUUCUCCAGGUCAGUUUCACAAUUAGGAACAUAAUCAUAACAUAAGAUGCUUGACAUGACUUGUAAGUGCUGAUGACCGGACAUGAUGAUGAAUGUUAUUUUACUUGUGCCAUUGUUUCAUCUACUGACAUGACAUAAUUCAUAGCAUGAUUUUUUCCUCGUCCUUUUGUGUUUGAAAAGUUGGCUGAUCCAGGUAGUGCUCUGUAUCCUUGAUGACGCCUUGCAAUCAGGAGCUACCAAUCAGAUGCUUCUUCCUGUGGAGCUAGCAGCGUCAGAAGCCAACUGGGAUAAGCUGAUCUUCUGAGCCAUAUAUCAUCAAUUAUCUAAUACAUGAAAGACUGAUGUAUGAAUAGUUAUCACUGUAAAAUUUAGGGUUAUGACUCAUGUGGUUAAGUUGAGUAAGACAAGCUUCUGUUGGGUUAAUCACAUGCUGUGAAAAUCUAGAAUGGCCUGGAAAAGUGACAGUUCUUGUACCAAUCUGAUGCUAUUCCAUAAAGACUGUUCUGUUGGCAA